AUGAAGCUCUCCGCCGCAUUUUCCAUCCUCCUUCAGCUCCGAUCCGCCAUUUGGGCGGGCUUCAUGCCCACCCUCUCGGCGAUCGUCAGGACCCCCUCCCUGCUCUGGCACCCGACCCAUCUCUCGCGCACCUUUAUGGCCCAUGUCUGGAAGGUGUACGGGAACGGUGCCGACGUGCGGGGGCGGCCCGCCAAGCAAGCCCUCCUCCCCGAAAAUGCCACCGGCGUCGUGCUCGACAUCGGAGCGGGUCAUGGCCAUACAAUUUUGUAUGUAGACCCGUCUAAGGUCACAAAAUACGUAGCGUUGGAGCCGAACCAACUCAUGCACGAGGAGCUCCGCGCGCUCGCCGCAACCAAAGGCUUCACCGAGGCCGCAGGAAAUCUGCUGCUGCUCCCCUACAGCGCCGAAGACACCGCCCUCAUCACCUCCGCACUCGGCGGGACGGGCGUGGCCGACACGCUCGUAUGCAUCCUCACUAUCUGCUCUAUCCCGGACCCCGAGCGCACGCUUGCGUCGCUUGUGCGCGACGUGCUAAAGCCGGGAGGCUCGCUGCUGUUCUACGAGCACGUCCUGAGCCCGCGUGCAGACGUUGCAUGGUGGCAGCGAUUCUGGACGCCCCUGUGGAGCAGGGCGUUUGACGGGUGCUGCCUUGACCGGCCGACGCAUGUUUGGGUGAAAAGAAUGGGCGUGUGGAAGGAAGGACGCGUGUGGGGGAACGAGGGCGAAGGCGAGGAGGAACAGCUGUUUUGGCAUCGCAUCGGUCGGUUUGUGAAGAAGGCGGACUGA